AUGAACCAGCGACUCCCUGCGUAUUUCACCGUACCAGCACCGGCAAACCCAGCUGAACUGAUCCCGCCGAUGGCACCGGGGACAAAUGCUCGUUUGUAUAAUUCUGACAUUCCGCCUGAAAAUGCCCCCUCUUUCACAUAUCAUGGGGUCAAUGGAAUCUACCCCUCCUUGAUAGCGCCACAUCCAAACGUGCCUAGAGCAAUGGCGCCGAUGGGGCCCCAGACAUGUUCAAUUCCAGAGACAGACAACUGCGCGAUUCCACUUUCAUCUGAGCAGUUUUCAAAGCUUCUGGAAACGCUUUCACCCGAGCAGAUUAACAUCCUUGCACAAGCUUUGUUAAAUGACCCCUUUCCGGGUGAUGAAGUCGCGCCCUUGUCGCUGGCCCCAUACCCAUCGGUGCCAGCAAGCGAGGCUGGAUACAUGGCGGCGAUGGGACCGCAGGACUUCACGAACUUCGACGCAUUGCAAAGAUCAGGCGCCAAUUAUUUCACACCCAGCCUAGGCCACGACUCCUAUGGACCCUCCCCAUCACUACCUUCAGACCCAUCAACACCAGCGAACCAACCUGGAUCACUGGCACCGAUGGCGUGGGGGCAAAAUGCCCGUGACGAUUUUUUGUUUCCCGCCCAGCCGCCAAUUGAUCAUAGCCCCAGGGCCAGUGCCUAUUAUCUCGUGGAAAGACCCAUCGCAUCGCUGCCCUCACGUGUGUCUCAACCGCCAAGCCGCGCGAAUGGCAGCACCAGGAUCGUUCAAUCCGGUCCCUCCUACCUGCCGAGCCAUCAGGACGCCCUUCCUUCCCGAAAUACUGCCGAAGUUGGCCAGCCAGCGAGGACGGCGGGGGCCAAAGGCAAGAAACGAGCCGGUGAAGCUCUAGAAUCUAAUGAUCAGACACCCCAACAAUCAACCAGAAAGAAACCCCUCAGACUAGGCGAAGAUAUUGUUGACAAAUAUGUGAACAGGUUACCUAAUGACAUAUUGCAAUGUGGGGAAGAAGGCUGUGGGAAACUGUAUGAGAGGAAAGAUUUGUGGAACCUGAGGAAUCACCUUAGGACAAAGCACGGACACGAUCCGAAGCCCUUGUUUUGUAAAGUUUGCAAUGCUGACUACAAGAAUCCCAAUGAGCUGGCGAAGCACAUGUGGAAAAAACACAACGGGCCAGCACCAAAGCAACGGAAGACAAAGCAGAAGGCUUCAACGAAGAGGGAAAAAUGCAAAUACUUCGAGCAGUGUAAGACGGACUUCGCAUGCCUGGAGAGCCAGCCAUAUAUCGACCACUUGAAGAAAAAACACAACGUGAUUCAAGUGCUAGAGGCACCCUGCAAGCGCGAAAUGGUGCCUGCUUCCCACGGGCAGCAUGAUCCGGUCCCUGGCCCCUCCAGCCAGUCAUACGACCGAAUCUCUUGA